AGUGAUCGUCUUCAUUGGAAUUACAUGCAUCGGAAGCGCGGAUCGUUGACAAUGGAGGCCCUUCGUGGAGGCCCUUCGGUGUCUGCUUAGGAAUCUGUGUGCUCUUUUAUAGACCUUCGUUGGACUCCUCUCAACCACAUAUAUUCAAAAAACGGAUGCCGGCGAGGGAUAAGUGCUUACUAUCAAGGAUUGAAUUGCGUCGAGCGACGUUGUGGAGAUUGGAGCUUGUUUGGUUUUGAGUCUUGUGAAAGCGAUCUGGCAAGAAGUUGACAUGGAUUGGUGAGGUAUGGAUGGUGUCAAGCAGUGGAAGGCAGGUCACACCCAGCGUCUUCGAGGAUAUCUGUAACGGCGGACAGAGGUGGAAGGUCGGAUUUGGAACAAGGGGACAAGAAGCAGUAGCUUGACGACAGUUUAGCAUAUCGUGGUGAAACGAAAGUGAGUGUCGGGGUUUCGAGGUAGCGAAGAAAGUCUUUAGGAUGGCACAACUUGCGCUUAUGCAGAUAAACAAGAAGAGGCGUAUGGUGCUAGCGUUGCCUCCCCCUCCAACUCCUUCUGCCAAGACCUUGGUGAAAGCACUGCUCAGCCUAACGAAGGCUGUGGCAUCUUGUGGAAAGCCAAAAUUCUCCCAGCAUAAGAACGCCACCAACUUCAUCCGCAGAAUUGAGCUUUUGACGACCCUUUUCGAGGAACUUAGGGAGUCUACCCGUCCUAUCCCUCCAUCUGUUGUGAUUGUUUUCCGUGAUUUGCACAGUUUGAUGCAGAAGGGGUACAUGCUGCUCGAAGAGUGCAGAGAAAGCAGUACUUUUUGGUUGCUCAUGGAACAAGAGACAUAUGGGCAGUACUUUCAUGAGCUCUCGCAAAGUUUGGGAAAAGCACUUAGUGCCUUACCUUUCGAUCUUCUGGAUCUGUCGGAGGAAGACUUAGAGCAAAUCGCCAUGGUGCGUAAGCAAGUGCUUCGGUCUCGCCUCUCUCUGAAUCCAGUUGAACUUCAACUGCGUGAAGACCUCAUUAGCACGCUGAAACUGAUGGAGCUUAAAGUAGCCCCGAAUCCGUCUGAUCUCAUGCAAUUCUUCAGCACGAUUCAGCUGUUAAACGCCCGGGACUGUGAAACGGAGAUCCACAGAUUGGAGGAGUUAAAGAUGGAAGAAGGAAGGAAGGAAGACUUGAAGACACAGCAAGGGCUUGCUAACUUAGUUGGCUUCGUGCGCUAUGGGAAAUAUGUGCUUUACUCAUCCGAAUUCGAAGGAUUAGAUGAAGAAGUUUCUCAAGUUCUCUCAAGAAAUUCUGAGGGAUCAAUUGAGGAUUCUACAGAUGUUUCGAUGGUGACUCCUCCAGCUGAGUUUCUAUGUCCUAUCACCCUUGACCUCAUGCGCGAUCCUGUGAUCGUUGCAACAGGCCAGACUUAUGACAAGACAUCCAUCACUAGGUGGAUUGGGGCAGGAAACUCAACAUGUCCCAAGACGGGUCAGAAGCUUGCUCAUCAAAAUAUGAUCUGCAAUUUUGCCCUCAAAAGUUUGAUUUCACUGUGGUGUGAGGAGAACAACGUCCCGUUUGAGAUGGACGGAGUCCACAGAUCUAUUAAGAAAGGUGCUGGUAUCCAACAUAUUGCGCAGGGUGAAGGUGCAGCCCUUGAGGCCAUGCAGCUCACUGCCAAGUUCUUGAUUCAGAAACUGCACACCGGAAACCAGCACGUGCAAAAGCUAGUUGCCCGCGAGCUUCGACUGCUUUCUAAAUCUGGACCUGAGAACAGGAUUUGCAUCGCAGAAGCUGGAGGCAUUUCCAUUCUUCUUCCUCUUUUAUCAUCUUCUGACGCCAAAAUUCAAGAGCACGCCGUCACAACUCUCUUGAACAUUUCCAUCCAGGAGGAUAUCAAAAAGCAAAUCCUUGCGGCCGGUGCGUUGGACGUGAUUGUUGAUGUGCUGAUAUCGGGUCACACCAUGGAAGCCCGGGAAAAUGCCGCUGCAGCAUUGUUUUCUCUGUCGGGUAAUGACGAGGUGAAGGUUCUGAUCGGAGGUAAGUUGGGUGCAAUUCCGGCUCUGGUAACCCUCCUUCGUGAAGGGAGCGGACAAAGAGGAAAGAGGGACGCCGCUACCGCGUUGUUCAACUUGGCCGUCUACCACGGCAACAAGGCAAAGAUCGUUGAAGCUGGUGCGGUGCCCGCGCUAGUCGUUCUGCUGUCAGAUGAAUCACCCCUUAUGGUAGACGCGUGCGCGGCAGUCCUAGCGCUGCUCGCGACUUUCCCAGAAGGCGUUAAUGCCAUCCGCGACGCGUCUGCCAUCUCUGUGAUAGCUCCUCGUCUGCGACAUGGGUCACCGAAAGGGCGAGAAUAUGCCACAUCUGUGCUCCUAGCCAUGUGCAAAACUCGUGACCGAGUCAUCCUCGACGACGUCAGUCAGCAUGUGAAUACCAUCGUCCCAGAUCUCUACAACUUGCUCACCACUGGCACGCUGCGGGCUAAGCGCAAAGCUGGCGCUCUUCUCAAGCUCCUUCGAUCCUUGGAGGCUUCUGUCUAGGGCAGUCACCCUACUUUUAGAACACGACAGGUUUCUUGUUGGGCCACACAGUGACCAGGGAGUAUUCAGAAUGUCGUGUUCCUGAGAUCCAAGAUGUACCAGGGUUCGAACCAAAGCGUUUCUGUAGAUAGUUGCUGUUGAAUGUCGAAUAAUCCUACAAUCUCUAUCAUUGUCUUGCACGUCAUUCAUCACAAACCCUGGAAAUCGAUCUGGACAAUCAUGGCGGACUUAACACAGACUCCGAAUCAGUCGGCAGAAACGAUAUCCGGAGUUUCACCUUACCACUUUCGAAAGCAAAUUUUGGUAGCCUAGGCACCCAUUGUUACAACUGCAGAGUCACGGACAUGAAUGUCCAGUGUUUGUAUUAUACAUUCUUCACCCACUAAUGUUUCAAGGACCUACUUGACAACA